UUUCAAGAAUACAGACCACAUAUUAUCCACAAAUGCAUGACUUAGAAAACCUCUGCACUAAACUACACUCCAAAUUAUCAUAAUCAUGCUCAAAUUUCCUUGCUAAGCCUAAUUUCUGAAGCAUGUUUCCACCAAACAACUACAUACAAGUCCACCUUUAAGCAGGUUUCCUAAGACCUUCCUCUCUUCUGCAUCUUCUUCCGUGACGAAGUUCUAUAAAUUGCACAACACGUUAUUACACUACUUAGUUGUAUGCUAAAUAGGGAGUGUUUUAUCACAUUGUGUAAGAAGAGAGAUGGCUAAGGGUGGCCGAUCACUGGAAGAAACGCCUACAUGGGCUGUUGCGGUCGUCUGCUUUGUGCUGUUAGCAAUUUCUAUUGUGAUAGAGCACAUUUUCCACCUAAUUGGGAAGCUACUGAAAAAGAGAAACAAGAAUGCUUUAUAUGAAGCACUUGAGAAGGUUAAAUCAGAGCUCAUGCUACUCGGUUUCAUAUCACUACUGCUAACGGUGGGGCAGGGGAAGAUAGCAGAAAUCUGCGUAUCAAAAACCAUUGCAAAUUCUUGGCAUCCAUGCGACAAGAAGCAAGAAACGAGGAAGUAUGGGGUUGGUUUGGCUGGAAACCAGCGAAGGCGGUUGAGUGCUUAUUCUGACUAUGGUGAGACUCAGAGACGUAUUCUGGCUGGUGGGGGAUACGACAAAUGCUCGAAAACAGGAAAAGUUCCGUUUAUUUCCUACGACGGAAUUCACCAACUGCACAUAUUCAUCUUUGUGCUGGCUAUUUUUCAUGUUGUUUGCAGUCUAAUCACUUUGGCUUUAGGCAGAGCUAAGAUGAGGAAAUGGAAGGCAUGGGAAACAGAAACAAGGACGUUCGAAUAUCAGUACUCACACGAUCCAGAGAGAUUCAGAUUUGCAAGAGAGACCUCUUUUGGGAGAAGGCAUUUGAGCUUUUGGAGUCAAUCUACUAUCCUUCUUUGGGUGGCAUGUUUCUUCCGGCAGUUUGUCAGGUCAGUCGCGAAGGUGGAUUACAUGACUCUGCGCAACGGCUUCAUUAUUGCACAUCUGGCACCACGGAGUCAAACAAAAUUCAAUUUCCAGAACUACAUUAAGAGGUCGCUUGAGGAAGAUUUCAAAGUCGUCGUAGGUAUCAGCCCUCCCAUCUGGUUCUUUGCAGUUCUGUUCCUGCUAUUCAAUACCCACGGCUGGCAUGCCUAUCUAUGGCUACCAUUUCUCCCCCUCAUUAUUAUCUUGCUGGUUGGAGCAAAACUACAGUUUAUCAUCACCAAAAUGGGACUAAGGAUUCAAGAAAGAGGGGAGGUUGUAAAAGGGACCCCACUAGUACAACCAGGGGAUGAACUCUUCUGGUUCAAACGCCCACGCCUCCUACUUUACCUCGUUCAUUUUGUUCUUUUUCAGAACGCGUUCCAGCUAGCCUUCUUUGCCUGGGCUUGGUAUGAGUUUGGGGUGAGAUCCUGCUUCCAUCAGAAAACAGAAGAUAUUGUCAUCAAAAUAACAACAGGGGUACUGGUACAAAUACUCUGCAGCUAUGUUACUCUUCCACUCUACGCCCUAGUCACACAGAUGGGCUCGAACAUGAAGCCAACAAUCUUCAACGAAAGAAUAGCUAAAGCACUGCAUUCCUGGCACCAGAAUGCAAAGAAGCAGAUAAAGAAGAACCAUCACUCUGGUUCAGUGACUCCAGUAUCUAGCAGGCCAACUACUCCCCUCCACGGCUCGUCCCCUGUUCAUCUGCUGCGUUAUUACAGCAAUGAGCUCCACAGCGACCCUGCUACUCCAAGAACACACAAUCACAGAAUUGAAAACCCUGUUCAUCUGCUGCCUUAUUACAGCAAUGAGCAGCUCAACGUCGACCCUGAUACUCCAAGAACACCCAAUCACAGAAUUGAAAACUGGCAGGCUGAGCAAGAUGAAAUCAUAUUGUCUCCCCAUGGUAAAACAGCUCAAGAACCGGUCGAAAAGGAGAUGGAGACUAGACAUCAUGCAGACCCUAUGACCUCACAGAACAACCUUGAUCAUAAAAUCAAUGUAAAGGAUUUUUCAUUUGAUGGAAGAUCAGCAGUUUGAAUUGCCACUAGCUUAUUCUUUCUUGCCAAUUUAGUUGUGAGUUUUCCACUGUA